CACUAGUUCAAUUUCUUAUUUUUAUGUAAUCCAUAUAUUCUCAAUAGUUAUAAGUUAACAAUUAGAUUGAGCAACGCAUUAUCUAAUUCGGUUAUAUUUUCGUUUUCAUUGCGUUGAUUGAUUAUUAGUAUACUUUAGAAUUCUACUCGAAUUAUUAUUAUUACUACUGCUAAUAAUAAUAAGAAUAAUAAUUACUGUGCUCAUACACAUUAUACAUUACACAUAGAAACUAAAAAAUUUCACCUCAGAUCAUACAGACUAUCUUGGCUGAACAUUCAUCAGUAUUUAUCUUCUUUAUGUCAAAGUUGAUUUAGAGAACAGAAAUUGAAAUUACUGUUAUUAUUUCGUUAUACUUGUUUAGAAGUAUAUAUUUUGAUUGCUAUCUCUCUCUGUGUGUGUAUGUGUGUGUAAAUCUAUUCACCUAUACAUGUACCCUUACAAAUUUCUAUGAGUAUAUAAAUAAACAUAUUUAUUAUAAUAUAAACAUUUAUAGUUCAUUGAAGAUGAGGAAAUUUCAAAUUUGUUUUGUUCUUCCUCUAUAAUAAUUGAAGAAAUCUACUUCAACAAUUUUCAAAAGACAACAAACAAACAAAAAACUUUAUCUUUGAAUCAUUUAUUGUGUAAUUUUUGAAAACUAUCAAGUUUAUCCUUUUAAUCUGAAAACAAUACACACGAAAUCUAAAAUAUUAAAACAACAAUAUCUGUCAACUGAAUUAAUACCUUUUUGGUGACCUCAAAUCAUUGAGAUUACAAUAGUCGUUCAACUUUUCUCAAUCACAACACAAUACAAUGACUAGUCAAGCUGGUAUUGAAACAGUUCAGUUGUCGGAUUAUCUCAAAAAUCUUGAAAACGCAUGUGAAACACCAAUUUUCGGUUAUACCCAUCAAAGUUUGGAAGAUGAAAUGGCUAGACAACAGACAAUUGAAGGAUCAUCAAAAUGGAUAAGAGAAAGUGUAACUAGCUCGAAUCAUGAUAUUUUGAAUCAAAUCAGCUAUAUAACAGAACGAGUUGAAACGAAUAAAGAUUGUUUACAUUAUUUAGCUGGAAUUACAAGUAUGGAAGAUAUUUAUUCGGAUGUUACAGCAUUCAAUGCUAAACGUGCAUUAAGACUUAUCAUGGAAAAUCUUGAUAAUAAAUUUUGGAGAAGAAAAUUAUCUGGACCUAUUAAUCGAUGCUGGCAAAAUCUUGGUCGAUACUCAGAAUUAGCAACUAUACAUCUUAAAAAUGCUGCCGAUUUUCAUCAGUUUUAUUAUGAUGCCAGACAUUUAGAAACUAAACUUUAUGACAGACAUAAGAAAUUUCUAUAUAAUCGUGGUCGAUUUGCUGAAAUGAAUCAUGAAUAUUAUACAAAUUCAUCAAAAGAACUAAGAGAUUGGUUAAGAAGCCAGUUUGAUCAUUUAAACUAUGUGGUCAAUCGUUCAAAGCAAUUAAUUGAACAAUCUAAAUCACUUGUGCCUAUUUAUCUACGAACUAAUCGUAUUAAAUCCCCUGUAAAUGGUGUAAUGUUAUGCGAUUAUGAAACACCUAAAUUUAAACUAACCGCUGGUGAACGAAUUGUUAUAAUUGACAAUAUGGCUGGUGGUGUACAAAAUAAACAGAAAUUCCUACUAAGAACAGGUACUAAUCAAGAGGAAGAUAUAACAUCUGAAGCAUCACACAAUAUGACAUCUGAUACAUUGGAUAUUUGUGAAACAGACAGUGACAGUCAUUCAAGAACUGAAGAAAUAGACGAUCGUUCAACUGACAGUAACUCUUAUUUACGAUAUCCAAAACCUAGAAUUACAACAAUGCCUUAUUGGAAUUUCGGUCGUGGUCAAACCAGUGGUUCUGAAAUCACGAGUAGUGAUCAAACGAGUAGUACUUUUACAGAAAAUGUCAGUCCGUUGGGACAAUCAUCGUCAAAGCUUCAUUGGCAUAUUAGAAGUAUUGAUGGGAAAGUCGAAGCAUUAGUACCAUCUGUAUGUGUAUGGAUUCCGUCACCUGAUAUGGAAGCUCAAGAGAAGGCAAUAAAACUAUAUAAAGUUAUAUUGGACAGUUGGAAUUACAUAAUAGAUGAACAAUUGAAAAUUUGUCUUCAAUUUUUCACAAUCUUAUUACAACGGUUUAUUGAAAGCGAUGGUUUAACUACAGAUGAUGAUGAAGCAUUUAAACGAUUUCUAAAUAACUUAGUAUUCUCUUUAACUGAACCACCAACAGCUGAGGCGGAAAAUUUUAAUAAGGAAUUCUUACGACUUAUUGAUGCUACACGUGAACAUUGGAAUAAAACAAAGACAUUUGGAACACGUACGUCAGAUAGCAUUCAUCUACGUCGAACAGAAAUUGCAAUAUUUCAAAGUCUGCUUGAUUGGAAUAAAGCUCAUAUGAGAACUAUAAAACAAUAUGAACAAGAAAACAUUAUACCACUUGAUUUAUCACAAAAACUCAAUGAUCUUCAAGAGCAAAGUUUUCAUAUGAUGGAAACUGUGACACUUGUCAAUGAUUUAGCUCAGAAGGAUAAGAAAAAAUUAGAUAGUUUAUUAAAUCAAUUAAGAAUAUGGAAUAAACAAACAAAAGACAAAAAUCAAUUUAAUAUUUAUUCAUUAUCAUCAAGUUCUGAUGAUGAAUGGUUGUCAAGUUCAGGUUCGGAGUAUAUAAAUUCAGAAAGUACUUAUGAAUCGAUUGAUGAAACAGAAACAUCAUAUAUCGUUCAUUCGAAACAAAUUAAACAACCACAUUUUACAAGUAGUUUAAAAUUUCCACAUAAAACGUUUAUACUGCCAGCUAUAUUCACAUAUGAUGAAGAAAUGGUGUGUAGUUGUACUACGAGUGAAGAAAUUCAAAGUAUUGGUACUGGUAGUUCUUGUACAACCGACGAUGAAAUUGAGGAUUAUCAAAAAUACCAUUUAAAACAAGAUUUUCUUACAAGAUCGGAGGACGAUUUCUUGAAAGAAAAUAAAAAUUUCGUAACUACACUUGACAAACAAAUGUUGUUAACACUUGAACGGCCAAUGGAUACAAAAGAUAAACCAAUAACAUACAAGAGUAGAAAAUACAUCGAUACAAAAGACGGUGGGCGCUAUUCAGUUGUCUAUAUCGAAGUAGCGCCAACUGAAGAAACUAAUAUACUUGAUUCCACUGAUCAAGAAAAUUUGAAACCGUCAACAAUUUCAAAAUCUACGCAAUCAGAAGAUCCUUUGAAAAAAACAAAAUUUACACGGAGAACAUGGAUAGAAAAGCAGCAUGUUGAAGAAGCAAAGAGUUUGACUAAAAUUGAAGAGUCAGCUAGAAUAAUUCAUACAAGGCCUAGCAAAGUUCAAAUCACAGAUAUAGGUAUAGAAGCACGUCCAACCUUCAGAAGCAUUGAAUGCUGUACUAGUGAUCUUAUAACCACAACUUCACAAUCAAUAACAGAAUUACGAAAACAACCACGUCAAAUUACCAAACAAAGAGAGAAUGUUCAAACACAAACAGAAAAGCACUCUGAAGAUUUCAUCUACGCAGUUAGGCAGUACGCACAUGUAAAAGAGGUAACAGAAGCUCAAUUCAAUCAGCUCAUUCAACAAGAAGUAGAAAAGUUGAAAUCUAAAGGCAGAGGCGACAGAGCUUGUCAAACUUAUGAAAUAAUGAAAAGCCCUGUGGGAAUAUAUAAAAUUACAUCUGAUGAUCAUAAACCACAUGAAAAAGUUCCAGAAAGUCCACGAUUAAGAGGUGAAUUUGGUUGUCAGUAUCAGCAACAAAUAAGACUUCUUGACAAACAGGAGCACUACCUUAUAGAAAGUACACCUAAAACAACCAUGUCAGAAACGUACGACAUCGAGACAAGUAAUGAAGAAAAUAGGGCAAUGUUUGGACAGAUAACCGAAUCAAAAUUAGUAACACAAAGUAUCGCAUUUGUAGAUCAAAGACAAAUACAUAGUAGAGUUAAAUCAGAGGAAAGUUCUUCGGAAAAAAUAGGAAUAUAUGUUGAAAAUUUCCAACAAUACGAACAAACCGACGAAGAGAAGAAGGCAAUAUCAAGCCUAAAAGAAAAAAUAUACAAAAUGAAAAUAGAAGCCAGCAUACAAACAACAAAAUUCCAAUAUGACAGUUGGACACAAACAAAAAUGGACAAAACAGAAACCACAGAAAAGAGAGAGGAAAAUCACAGUAUCAAAACACAAGACAGCAACAUAUUACAAAAAUACGAAACAAGAAAUGAAGACAAGUCAAAAGAAAAACAACUCAAAGUGUGUAUCAUGGAUUUGACAAGAGAGAUAGAUACUCCAGUGCAAGCAGAAAAAAAAGAAAUGAAGAGAGAGGAACACAGAGAAAUGAAGACAGUGAAACCUGAUCAUAUGAUGUCAGUGAGUACCUCCUACGCAGAACCGCCUGUCAAACAGCCACCACCACGCCAACUGACUGACACUGCCACACAGGUGACCUCCGUUACCACACACGUCACGGAAUCCAGUGAGCAUGUGAUUGUCUCUAAACCCACCGUUCAAGUCGAAGCACCUCUCGUCACCGAGACAGCCUCAUUGGAGUUACCCACACCUGAACCUGUUCGCAAAACAUCACUAGUGGAAGCCACACAGUUCGUGAAACGUUCCACAGUCGACCAACAAAUCGACACAGUACCAGUCUCCUCGUCCGACGUGGGUGCACAGACUGAGCCACACAAAUCUCUACUCGACGGUGCUGCCCAUUUGUCGUUGAAACGCACCGAUGCGACGUCACAAGCCAAACCUGUCCAAUUGUGCAUGGUGGAUUCUUGGAGUGAGAUCCAUGCACCAGUGAAACCAGAGACACCAGUUGUUCCGGUCCACGAACCACCGAAACGCAUCCAAACAUUGGAAGCCUGUGUGCAGACGGUGAAGGGAAGUGUGUGUGUUGUGGAUAGUGCGACCAGUGUGUUAAUGAAGUCGCCGGAAAGUGUGCUUGAUUCGGCUGCAGCUUUCGUGAAGAGACCGAGUGUGAAUGCUGAAGUGCAAGUGGAUAGGAUGAGCACACCGGUCGUCAGUCUGACCACACACAAGUUAGAACCGAAAAUGGUCGAGAGGAGUCUGUGUACCAGCUGUGGACAUCGGUACGUGAAUACCGAAGAGAUGGCUUGUCAGACCGUUCAGCCUAAGAUCGAACCGGUUCCUGUGACUGUGAAGACGUCGAAUGUCGCUAUGCAGACCAGUAAGUUCUCAAGUCUCUGUCAGACAACCAGUGAAUUAGUGACACAUGUGACACCGGCACCCUACGUCGAGUCAACACUAUCCAUGGCCAUGAAGGUCGAGAAGCCAGUCACUCAGGACGUUGGAAUGCAGUUCGGAAUGCGUGUGGCCACGCGUGUCAUGAGCUCUGGCUACCAGGUGCAACAGACCAGCAGCCACACACUGACGGAAGCAGUGGGAGUAGCAGAACGAGAAGUACAGGUGACUCAAACCGAACGACCAGUUGUGACCAGUGUGGAUCACAGAGAAAUGAAGACAGUGAAACCUGAUCAUAUGAUGUCAGUGAGUACCUCCUACGCAGAACCGCCUGUCAAACAGCCACCACCACGCCAACUGACUGACACUGCCACACAGGCGACCUCCGUUACCACACACGUCACGGAAUCCAGUGAGCAUGUGAUUGUCUCUAAACCCACCGUUCAAGUCGAAGCACCUCUCGUCACCGAGACUGCCUCAUUGGAGUUACCCACACCUGAACCUGUUCGCAAAACAUCACUAGUUGAAGCCACACAGUUCGUGAAACGUUCCACAGUCGACCAACAAAUCGACACAGUACCAGUCUCCUCGUCCGACGUGGGUGCACAGACUGAGCCACACAAAUCUCUACUCGACGGUGCUGCCCAUUUGUCGUUGAAACGCACCGAUGCGACGUCACAAGCCAAACCUGUCCAAUUGUGCAUGGUGGAUUCUUGGAGUGAGAUCCAUGCACCAGUGAAACCAGAGACACCAGUUGUUCCGGUCCACGAACCACCGAAACGCAUCCAAACAUUGGAAGCCUGUGUGCAGACGGUGAAGGAAAGUGUGUGUGUUGUGGAUAGUGCGACCAGUGUGUUAAUGAAGUCGCCGGAAAGUGUGCUUGAUUCGGCUGCAGCUUUCGUGAAGAGACCGAGUGUGAAUGCUGAAGUGCAAGUGGAUAGGGUGAGCACACCGGUCGUCAGUCUGACCACACACAAGUUAGAACCGAAAAUGGUCGAGAGGAGUCUGUGUACCAGCUGUGGACAUCGGUACGUGAAUACCGAAGAGAUGGCUUGUCAGACCGUUCAGCCUAAGAUCGAACCGGUUCCUGUGACUGUGAAGACGUCGAAUGUCGCUAUGCAGACCAGUAAGUUCUCAAGUCUCUGUCAGACAACCAGUGAAUUAGUGACACAUGUGACACCGGCACCCUACGUCGAGUCAACACUAUCCAUGGCCAUGAAGGUCGAGAAGCCAGUCACUCAGGACGUUGGAAUGCAGUUCGGAAUGCGUGUGGCCACGCGUGUCAUGAGCUCUGGCUACCAGGUGCAACAGACCAGCAGCCACACACUGACGGAAGCAGUGGGAGUAGCAGAACGAGAAGUACAGGUGACUCAAACCGAACGACCAGUUGUGACCAGUGUGGAUCACAGAGAAAUGAAGACAGUGAAACCUGAUCAUAUGAUGUCAGUGAGUACCUCCUACGCAGAACCGCCUGUCAAACAGCCACCACCACGCCAACUGACUGACACUGCCACACAGGCGACCUCCGUUACCACACACGUCACGGAAUCCAGUGAGCAUGUGAUUGUCUCUAAACCCACCGUUCAAGUCGAAGCACCUCUCGUCACCGAGACCGCCUCAUUGGAGUUACCCACACCUGAACCUGUUCGCAAAACAUCACUAGUUGAAGCCACACAGUUCGUGAAACGUUCCACAGUCGACCAACAAAUCGACACAGUACCAGUCUCCUCGUCCGACGUGGGUGCACAGACUGAGCCACACAAAUCUCUACUCGACGGUGCUGCCCAUUUGUCGUUGAAACGCACCGAUGCGACGUCACAAGCCAAACCUGUCCAAUUGUGCAUGGUGGAUUCUUGGAGUGAGAUCCAUGCACCAGUGAAACCAGAGACACCAGUUGUUCCGGUCCACGAACCACCGAAACGCAUCCAAACAUUGGAAGCCUGUGUGCAGACGGUGAAGGAAAGUGUGUGUGUUGUGGAUAGUGCGACCAGUGUGUUAAUGAAGUCGCCGGAAAGUGUGCUUGAUUCGGCUGCAGCUUUCGUGAAGAGACCGAGUGUGAAUGCUGAAGUGCAAGUGGAUAGGGUGAGCACACCGGUCGUCAGUCUGACCACACACAAGUUAGAACCGAAAAUGGUCGAGAGGAGUCUGUGUACCAGCUGUGGACAUCGGUACGUGAAUACCGAAGAGAUGGCUUGUCAGACCGUUCAGCCUAAGAUCGAACCGGUUCCUGUGACUGUGAAGACGUCGAAUGUCGCUAUGCAGACCAGUAAGUUCUCAAGUCUCUGUCAGACAACCAGUGAAUUAGUGACACAUGUGACACCGGCACCCUACGUCGAGUCAACACUAUCCAUGGCCAUGAAGGUCGAGAAGCCAGUCACUCAGGACGUUGGAAUGCAGUUCGGAAUGCGUGUGGCCACGCGUGUCAUGAGCUCUGGCUACCAGGUGCAACAGACCAGCAGCCACACACUGACGGAAGCAGUGGGAGUAGCAGAACGAGAAGUACAGGUGACUCAAACCGAACGACCAGUUGUGACCAGUGUGGAUCACAGAGAAAUGAAGACAGUGAAACCUGAUCAUAUGAUGUCAGUGAGUACCUCCUACGCAGAACCGCCUGUCAAACAGCCACCACCACGCCAACUGACUGACACUGCCACACAGGCGACCUCCGUUACCACACACGUCACGGAAUCCAGUGAGCAUGUGAUUGUCUCUAAACCCACCGUUCAAGUCGAAGCACCUCUCGUCACCGAGACCGCCUCAUUGGAGUUACCCACACCUGAACCUGUUCGCAAAACAUCACUAGUUGAAGCCACACAGUUCGUGAAACGUUCCACAGUCGACCAACAAAUCGACACAGUACCAGUCUCCUCGUCCGACGUGGGUGCACAGACUGAGCCACACAAAUCUCUACUCGACGGUGCUGCCCAUUUGUCGUUGAAACGCACCGAUGCGACGUCACAAGCCAAACCUGUCCAAUUGUGCAUGGUGGAUUCUUGGAGUGAGAUCCAUGCACCAGUGAAACCAGAGACACCAGUUGUUCCGGUCCACGAACCACCGAAACGCAUCCAAACAUUGGAAGCCUGUGUGCAGACGGUGAAGGAAAGUGUGUGUGUUGUGGAUAGUGCGACCAGUGUGUUAAUGAAGUCGCCGGAAAGUGUGCUUGAUUCGGCUGCAGCUUUCGUGAAGAGACCGAGUGUGAAUGCUGAAGUGCAAGUGGAUAGGGUGAGCACACCGGUCGUCAGUCUGACCACACACAAGUUAGAACCGAAAAUGGUCGAGAGGAGUCUGUGUACCAGCUGUGGACAUCGGUACGUGAAUACCGAAGAGAUGGCUUGUCAGACCGUUCAGCCUAAGAUCGAACCGGUUCCUGUGACUGUGAAGACGUCGAAUGUCGCUAUGCAGACCAGUAAGUUCUCAAGUCUCUGUCAGACAACCAGUGAAUUAGUGACACAUGUGACACCGGCACCCUACGUCGAGUCAACACUAUCCAUGGCCAUGAAGGUCGAGAAGCCAGUCACUCAGGACGUUGGAAUGCAGUUCGGAAUGCGUGUGGCCACGCGUGUCAUGAGCUCUGGCUACCAGGUGCAACAGACCAGCAGCCACACACUGACGGAAGCAGUGAGAGUAGCAGAACGAGAAGUACAGGUGACUCAAACCGAACGACCAGUUGUGACCAGUGUGGAUCACAGAGAAAUGAAGACAGUGAAACCUGAUCAUAUGAUGUCAGUGAGUACCUCCUACGCAGAACCGCCUGUCAAACAGCCACCACCACGCCAACUGACUGACACUGCCACACAGGCGACCUCCGUUACCACACACGUCACGGAAUCCAGUGAGCAUGUGAUUGUCUCUAAACCCACCGUUCAAGUCGAAGCACCUCUCGUCACCGAGACCGCCUCAUUGGAGUUACCCACACCUGAACCUGUUCGCAAAACAUCACUAGUUGAAGCCACACAGUUCGUGAGACGUUCCACAGUCGACCAACAAAUCGACACAGUACCAGUCUCCUCGUCCGACGUGGGUGCACAGACUGAGCCACACAAAUCUCUACUCGACGGUGCUGCCCAUUUGUCGUUGAAACGCACCGAUGCGACGUCACAAGCCAAACCUGUCCAAUUGUGCAUGGUGGAUUCUUGGAGUGAGAUCCAUGCACCAGUGAAACCAGAGACACCAGUUGUUCCGGUCCACGAACCACCGAAACGCAUCCAAACAUUGGAAGCCUGUGUGCAGACGGUGAAGGAAAGUGUGUGUGUUGUGGAUAGUGCGACCAGUGUGUUAAUGAAGUCGCCGGAAAGUGUGCUUGAUUCGGCUGCAGCUUUCGUGAAGAGACCGAGUGUGAAUGCUGAAGUGCAAGUGGAUAGGGUGAGCACACCGGUCGUCAGUCUGACCACACACAAGUUAGAACCGAAAAUGGUCGAGAGGAGUCUGUGUACCAGCUGUGGACAUCGGUACGUGAAUACCGAAGAGAUGGCUUGUCAGACCGUUCAGCCUAAGAUCGAACCGGUUCCUGUGACUGUGAAGACGUCGAAUGUCGCUAUGCAGACCAGUAAGUUCUCAAGUCUCUGUCAGACAACCAGUGAAUUAGUGACACAUGUGACACCGGCACCCUACGUCGAGUCAACACUAUCCAUGGCCAUGAAGGUCGAGAAGCCAGUCACUCAGGACGUUGGAAUGCAGUUCGGAAUGCGUGUGGCCACGCGUGUCAUGAGCUCUGGCUACCAGGUGCAACAGACCAGCAGCCACACACUGACGGAAGCAGUGGGAGUAGCAGAACGAGAAGUACAGGUGACUCAAACCGAACGACCAGUUGUGACCAGUGUGGAUCACAGAGAAAUGAAGACAGUGAAACCUGAUCAUAUGAUGUCAGUGAGUACCUCCUACGCAGAACCGCCUGUCAAACAGCCACCACCACGCCAACUGACUGACACUGCCACACAGGCGACCUCCGUUACCACACACGUCACGGAAUCCAGUGAGCAUGUGAUUGUCUCUAAACCCACCGUUCAAGUCGAAGCACCUCUCGUCACCGAGACCGCCUCAUUGGAGUUACCCACACCUGAACCUGUUCGCAAAACAUCACUAGUUGAAGCCACACAGUUCGUGAGACGUUCCACAGUCGACCAACAAAUCGACACAGUACCAGUCUCCUCGUCCGACGUGGGUGCACAGACUGAGCCACACAAAUCUCUACUCGACGGUGCUGCCCAUUUGUCGUUGAAACGCACCGAUGCGACGUCACAAGCCAAACCUGUCCAAUUGUGCAUGGUGGAUUCUUGGAGUGAGAUCCAUGCACCAGUGAAACCAGAGACACCAGUUGUUCCGGUCCACGAACCACCGAAACGCAUCCAAACAUUGGAAGCCUGUGUGCAGACGGUGAAGGAAAGUGUGUGUGUUGUGGAUAGUGCGACCAGUGUGUUAAUGAAGUCGCCGGAAAGUGUGCUUGAUUCGGCUGCAGCUUUCGUGAAGAGACCGAGUGUGAAUGCUGAAGUGCAAGUGGAUAGGGUGAGCACACCGGUCGUCAGUCUGACCACACACAAGUUAGAACCGAAAAUGGUCGAGAGGAGUCUGUGUACCAGCUGUGGACAUCGGUACGUGAAUACCGAAGAGAUGGCUUGUCAGACCGUUCAGCCUAAGAUCGAACCGGUUCCUGUGACUGUGAAGACGUCGAAUGUCGCUAUGCAGACCAGUAAGUUCUCAAGUCUCUGUCAGACAACCAGUGAAUUAGUGACACAUGUGACACCGGCACCCUACGUCGAGUCAACACUAUCCAUGGCCAUGAAGGUCGAGAAGCCAGUCACUCAGGACGUUGGAAUGCAGUUCGGAAUGCGUGUGGCCACGCGUGUCAUGAGCUCUGGCUACCAGGUGCAACAGACCAGCAGCCACACACUGACGGAAGCAGUGGGAGUAGCAGAACGAGAAGUACAGGUGACUCAAACCGAACGACCAGUUGUGACCAGUGUGGAUCACAGAGAAAUGAAGACAGUGAAACCUGAUCAUAUGAUGUCAGUGAGUACCUCCUACGCAGAACCGCCUGUCAAACAGCCACCACCACGCCAACUGACUGACACUGCCACACAGGCGACCUCCGUUACCACACACGUCACGGAAUCCAGUGAGCAUGUGAUUGUCUCUAAACCCACCGUUCAAGUCGAAGCACCUCUCGUCACCGAGACCGCCUCAUUGGAGUUACCCACACCUGAACCUGUUCGCAAAACAUCACUAGUUGAAGCCACACAGUUCGUGAAACGUUCCACAGUCGACCAACAAAUCGACACAGUACCAGUCUCCUCGUCCGACGUGGGUGCACAGACUGAGCCACACAAAUCUCUACUCGACGGUGCUGCCCAUUUGUCGUUGAAACGCACCGAUGCGACGUCACAAGCCAAACCUGUCCAAUUGUGCAUGGUGGAUUCUUGGAGUGAGAUCCAUGCACCAGUGAAACCAGAGACACCAGUUGUUCCGGUCCACGAACCACCGAAACGCAUCCAAACAUUGGAAGCCUGUGUGCAGACGGUGAAGGAAAGUGUGUGUGUUGUGGAUAGUGCGACCAGUGUGUUAAUGAAGUCGCCGGAAAGUGUGCUUGAUUCGGCUGCAGCUUUCGUGAAGAGACCGAGUGUGAAUGCUGAAGUGCAAGUGGAUAGGGUGAGCACACCGGUCGUCAGUCUGACCACACACAAGUUAGAACCGAAAAUGGUCGAGAGGAGUCUGUGUACCAGCUGUGGACAUCGGUACGUGAAUACCGAAGAGAUGGCUUGUCAGACCGUUCAGCCUAAGAUCGAACCGGUUCCUGUGACUGUGAAGACGUCGAAUGUCGCUAUGCAGACCAGUAAGUUCUCAAGUCUCUGUCAGACAACCAGUGAAUUAGUGACACAUGUGACACCGGCACCCUACGUCGAGUCAACACUAUCCAUGGCCAUGAAGGUCGAGAAGCCAGUCACUCAGGACGUUGGAAUGCAGUUCGGAAUGCGUGUGGCCACGCGUGUCAUGAGCUCUGGCUACCAGGUGCAACAGACCAGCAGCCACACACUGACGGAAGCAGUGGGAGUAGCAGAACGAGAAGUACAGGUGACUCAAACCGAACGACCAGUUGUGACCAGUGUGGAUCACAGAGAAAUGAAGACAGUGAAACCUGAUCAUAUGAUGUCAGUGAGUACCUCCUACGCAGAACCGCCUGUCAAACAGCCACCACCACGCCAACUGACUGACACUGCCACACAGGCGACCUCCGUUACCACACACGUCACGGAAUCCAGUGAGCAUGUGAUUGUCUCUAAACCCACCGUUCAAGUCGAAGCACCUCUCGUCACCGAGACCGCCUCAUUGGAGUUACCCACACCUGAACCUGUUCGCAAAACAUCACUAGUGGAAGCCACACAGUUCGUGAAACGUUCCACAGUCGACCAACAAAUCGACACAGUACCAGUCUCCUCGUCCGACGUGGGUGCACAGACUGAGCCACACAAAUCUCUACUCGACGGUGCUGCCCAUUUGUCGUUGAAACGCACCGAUGCGACGUCACAAGCCAAACCUGUCCAAUUGUGCAUGGUGGAUUCUUGGAGUGAGAUCCAUGCACCAGUGAAACCAGAGACACCAGUUGUUCCGGUCCACGAACCACCGAAACGCAUCCAAACAUUGGAAGCCUGUGUGCAGACGGUGAAGGAAAGUGUGUGUGUUGUGGAUAGUGCGACCAGUGUGUUAAUGAAGUCGCCGGAAAGUGUGCUUGAUUCGGCUGCAGCUUUCGUGAAGAGACCGAGUGUGAAUGCUGAAGUGCAAGUGGAUAGGGUGAGCACACCGGUCGUCAGUCUGACCACACACAAGUUAGAACCGAAAAUGGUCGAGAGGAGUCUGUGUACCAGCUGUGGACAUCGGUACGUGAAUACCGAAGAGAUGGCUUGUCAGACCGUUCAGCCUAAGAUCGAACCGGUUCCUGUGACUGUGAAGACGUCGAAUGUCGCUAUGCAGACCAGUAAGUUCUCAAGUCUCUGUCAGACAACCAGUGAAUUAGUGACACAUGUGACACCGGCACCCUACGUCGAGUCAACACUAUCCAUGGCCAUGAAGGUCGAGAAGCCAGUCACUCAGGACGUUGGAAUGCAGUUCGGAAUGCGUGUGGCCACGCGUGUCAUGAGCUCUGGCUACCAGGUGCAACAGACCAGCAGCCACACACUGACGGAAGCAGUGGGAGUAGCAGAACGAGAAGUACAGGUGACUCAAACCGAACGACCAGUUGUGACCAGUGUGGAUCACAGAGAAAUGAAGACAGUGAAACCUGAUCAUAUGAUGUCAGUGAGUACCUCCUACGCAGAACCGCCUGUCAAACAGCCACCACCACGCCAACUGACUGACACUGCCACACAGGCGACCUCCGUUACCACACACGUCACGGAAUCCAGUGAGCAUGUGAUUGUCUCUAAACCCACCGUUCAAGUCGAAGCACCUCUCGUCACCGAGACCGCCUCAUUGGAGUUACCCACACCUGAACCUGUUCGCAAAACAUCACUAGUGGAAGCCACACAGUUCGUGAAACGUUCCACAGUCGACCAACAAAUCGACACAGUACCAGUCUCCUCGUCCGACGUGGGUGCACAGACUGAGCCACACAAAUCUCUACUCGACGGUGCUGCCCAUUUGUCGUUGAAACGCACCGAUGCGACGUCACAAGCCAAACCUGUCCAAUUGUGCAUGGUGGAUUCUUGGAGUGAGAUCCAUGCACCAGUGAAACCAGAGACACCAGUUGUUCCGGUCCACGAACCACCGAAACGCAUCCAAACAUUGGAAGCCUGUGUGCAGACGGUGAAGGAAAGUGUGUGUGUUGUGGAUAGUGCGACCAGUGUGUUAAUGAAGUCGCCGGAAAGUGUGCUUGAUUCGGCUGCAGCUUUCGUGAAGAGACCGAGUGUGAAUGCUGAAGUGCAAGUGGAUAGGGUGAGCACACCGGUCGUCAGUCUGACCACACACAAGUUAGAACCGAAAAUGGUCGAGAGGAGUCUGUGUACCAGCUGUGGACAUCGGUACGUGAAUACCGAAGAGAUGGCUUGUCAGACCGUUCAGCCUAAGAUCGAACCGGUUCCUGUGACUGUGAAGACGUCGAAUGUCGCUAUGCAGACCAGUAAGUUCUCAAGUCUCUGUCAGACAACCAGUGAAUUAGUGACACAUGUGACACCGGCACCCUACGUCGAGUCAACACUAUCCAUGGCCAUGAAGGUCGAGAAGCCAGUCACUCAGGACGUUGGAAUGCAGUUCGGAAUGCGUGUGGCCACGCGUGUCAUGAGCUCUGGCUACCAGGUGCAACAGACCAGCAGCCACACACUGACGGAAGCAGUGGGAGUAGCAGAACGAGAAGUACAGGUGACUCAAACCGAACGACCAGUUGUGACCAGUGUGGAUCACAGAGAAAUGAAGACAGUGAAACCUGAUCAUAUGAUGUCAGUGAGUACCUCCUACGCAGAACCGCCUGUCAAACAGCCACCACCACGCCAACUGACUGACACUGCCACACAGGCGACCUCCGUUACCACACACGUCACGGAAUCCAGUGAGCAUGUGAUUGUCUCUAAACCCACCGUUCAAGUCGAAGCACCUCUCGUCACCGAGACCGCCUCAUUGGAGUUACCCACACCUGAACCUGUUCGCAAAACAUCACUAGUUGAAGCCACACAGUUCGUGAAACGUUCCACAGUCGACCAACAAAUCGACACAGUACCAGUCUCCUCGUCCGACGUGGGUGCACAGACUGAGCCACACAAAUCUCUACUCGACGGUGCUGCCCAUUUGUCGUUGAAACGCACCGAUGCGACGUCACAAGCCAAACCUGUCCAAUUGUGCAUGGUGGAUUCUUGGAGUGAGAUCCAUGCACCAGUGAAACCAGAGACACCAGUUGUUCCGGUCCACGAACCACCGAAACGCAUCCAAACAUUGGAAGCCUGUGUGCAGACGGUGAAGGAAAGUGUGUGUGUUGUGGAUAGUGCGACCAGUGUGUUAAUGAAGUCGCCGGAAAGUGUGCUUGAUUCGGCUGCAGCUUUCGUGAAGAGACCGAGUGUGAAUGCUGAAGUGCAAGUGGAUAGGGUGAGCACACCGGUCGUCAGUCUGACCACACACAAGUUAGAACCGAAAAUGGUCGAGAGGAGUCUGUGUACCAGCUGUGGACAUCGGUACGUGAAUACCGAAGAGAUGGCUUGUCAGACCGUUCAGCCUAAGAUCGAACCGGUUCCUGUGACUGUGAAGACGUCGAAUGUCGCUAUGCAGACCAGUAAGUUCUCAAGUCUCUGUCAGACAACCAGUGAAUUAGUGACACAUGUGACACCGGCACCCUACGUCGAGUCAACACUAUCCAUGGCCAUGAAGGUCGAGAAGCCAGUCACUCAGGACGUUGGAAUGCAGUUCGGAAUGCGUGUGGCCACGCGUGUCAUGAGCUCUGGCUACCAGGUGCAACAGACCAGCAGCCACACACUGACGGAAGCAGUGGGAGUAGCAGAACGAGAAGUACAGGUGACUCAAACCGAACGACCAGUUGUGACCAGUGUGGAUCACAGAGAAAUGAAGACAGUGAAACCUGAUCAUAUGAUGUCAGUGAGUACCUCCUACGCAGAACCGCCUGUCAAACAGCCACCACCACGCCAACUGACUGACACUACCACACAGGCGACCUCCGUUACCACACACGUCACGGAAUCCAGUGAGCAUGUGAUUGUCUCUAAACCCACCGUUCAAGUCGAAGCACCUCUCGUCACCGAGACCGCCUCAUUGGAGUUACCCACACCUGAACCUGUUCGCAAAACAUCACUAGUUGAAGCCACACAGUUCGUGAAACGUUCCACAGUCGACCAACAAAUCGACACAGUACCAGUCUCCUCGUCCGACGUGGGUGCACAGACUGAGCCACACAAAUCUCUACUCGACGGUGCUGCCCAUUUGUCGUUGAAACGCACCGAUGCGACGUCACAAGCCAAACCUGUCCAAUUGUGCAUGGUGGAUUCUUGGAGUGAGAUCCAUGCACCAGUGAAACCAGAGACACCAGUUGUUCCGGUCCACGAACCACCGAAACGCAUCCAAACAUUGGAAGCCUGUGUGCAGACGGUGAAGGAAAGUGUGUGUGUUGUGGAUAGUGCGACCAGUGUGUUAAUGAAGUCGCCGGAAAGUGUGCUUGAUUCGGCUGCAGCUUUCGUGAAGAGACCGAGUGUGAAUGCUGAAGUGCAAGUGGAUAGGGUGAGCACACCGGUCGUCAGUCUGACCACACACAAGUUAGAACCGAAAAUGGUCGAGAGGAGUCUGUGUACCAGCUGUGGACAUCGGUACGUGAAUACCGAAGAGAUGGCUUGUCAGACCGUUCAGCCUAAGAUCGAACCGGUUCCUGUGACUGUGAAGACGUCGAAUGUCGCUAUGCAGACCAGUAAGUUCUCAAGUCUCUGUCAGACAACCAGUGAAUUAGUGACACAUGUGACACCGGCACCCUACGUCGAGUCAACACUAUCCAUGGCCAUGAAGGUCGAGAAGCCAGUCACUCAGGACGUUGGAAUGCAGUUCGGAAUGCGUGUGGCCACGCGUGUCAUGAGCUCUGGCUACCAGGUGCAACAGACCAGCAGCCACACACUGACGGAAGCAGUGGGAGUAGCAGAACGAGAAGUACAGGUGACUCAAACCGAACGACCAGUUGUGACCAGUGUGGAUCACAGAGAAAUGAAGACAGUGAAACCUGAUCAUAUGAUGUCAGUGAGUACCUCCUACGCAGAACCGCCUGUCAAACAGCCACCACCACGCCAACUGACUGACACUGCCACACAGGCGACCUCCGUUACCACACACGUCACGGAAUCCAGUGAGCAUGUGAUUGUCUCUAAACCCACCGUUCAAGUCGAAGCACCUCUCGUCACCGAGACCGCCUCAUUGGAGUUACCCACACCUGAACCUGUUCGCAAAACAUCACUAGUUGAAGCCACACAGUUCGUGAAACGUUCCACAGUCGACCAACAAAUCGACACAGUACCAGUCUCCUCGUCCGACGUGGGUGCACAGACUGAGCCACACAAAUCUCUACUCGACGGUGCUGCCCAUUUGUCGUUGAAACGCACCGAUGCGACGUCACAAGCCAAACCUGUCCAAUUGUGCAUGGUGGAUUCUUGGAGUGAGAUCCAUGCACCAGUGAAACCAGAGACACCAGUUGUUCCGGUCCACGAACCACCGAAACGCAUCCAAACAUUGGAAGCCUGUGUGCAGACGGUGAAGGAAAGUGUGUGUGUUGUGGAUAGUGCGACCAGUGUGUUAAUGAAGUCGCCGGAAAGUGUGCUUGAUUCGGCUGCAGCUUUCGUGAAGAGACCGAGUGUGAAUGCUGAAGUGCAAGUGGAUAGGGUGAGCACACCGGUCGUCAGUCUGACCACACACAAGUUAGAACCGAAAAUGGUCGAGAGGAGUCUGUGUACCAGCUGUGGACAUCGGUACGUGAAUACCGAAGAGAUGGCUUGUCAGACCGUUCAGCCUAAGAUCGAACCGGUUCCUGUGACUGUGAAGACGUCGAAUGUCGCUAUGCAGACCAGUAAGUUCUCAAGUCUCUGUCAGACAACCAGUGAAUUAGUGACACAUGUGACCCCGGCACCCUACGUCGAGUCAACACUAUCCAUGGCCAUGAAGGUCGAGAAGCCAGUCACUCAGGACGUUGGAAUGCAGUUCGGAAUGCGUGUGGCCACGCGUGUCAUGAGCUCUGGCUACCAGGUGCAACAGACCAGCAGCCACACACUGACGGAAGCAGUGGGAGUAGCAGAACGAGAAGUACAGGUGACUCAAACCGAACGACCAGUUGUGACCAGUGUGGAUCACAGAGAAAUGAAGACAGUGAAACCUGAUCAUAUGAUGUCAGUGAGUACCUCCUACGCAGAACCGCCUGUCAAACAGCCACCACCACGCCAACUGACUGACACUGCCACACAGGCGACCUCCGUUACCACACACGUCACGGAAUCCAGUGAGCAUGUGAUUGUCUCUAAACCCACCGUUCAAGUCGAAGCACCUCUCGUCACCGAGACCGCCUCAUUGGAGUUACCCACACCUGAACCUGUUCGCAAAACAUCACUAGUUGAAGCCACACAGUUCGUGAAACGUUCCACAGUCGACCAACAAAUCGACACAGUACCAGUCUCCUCGUCCGACGUGGGUGCACAGACUGAGCCACACAAAUCUCUACUCGACGGUGCUGCCCAUUUGUCGUUGAAACGCACCGAUGCGACGUCACAAGCCAAACCUGUCCAAUUGUGCAUGGUGGAUUCUUGGAGUGAGAUCCAUGCACCAGUGAAACCAGAGACACCAGUUGUUCCGGUCCACGAACCACCGAAACGCAUCCAAACAUUGGAAGCCUGUGUGCAGACGGUGAAGGAAAGUGUGUGUGUUGUGGAUAGUGCGACCAGUGUGUUAAUGAAGUCGCCGGAAAGUGUGCUUGAUUCGGCUGCAGCUUUCGUGAAGAGACCGAGUGUGAAUGCUGAAGUGCAAGUGGAUAGGGUGAGCACACCGGUCGUCAGUCUGACCACACACAAGUUAGAACCGAAAAUGGUCGAGAGGAGUCUGUGUACCAGCUGUGGACAUCGGUACGUGAAUACCGAAGAGAUGGCUUGUCAGACCGUUCAGCCUAAGAUCGAACCGGUUCCUGUGACUGUGAAGACGUCGAAUGUCGCUAUGCAGACCAGUAAGUUCUCAAGUCUCUGUCAGACAACCAGUGAAUUAGUGACACAUGUGACACCGGCACCCUACGUCGAGUCAACACUAUCCAUGGCCAUGAAGGUCGAGAAGCCAGUCACUCAGGACGUUGGAAUGCAGUUCGGAAUGCGUGUGGCCACGCGUGUCAUGAGCUCUGGCUACCAGGUGCAACAGACCAGCAGCCACACACUGACGGAAGCAGUGGGAGUAGCAGAACGAGAAGUACAGGUGACUCAAACCGAACGACCAGUUGUGACCAGUGUGGAUCACAGAGAAAUGAAGACAGUGAAACCUGAUCAUAUGAUGUCAGUGAGUACCUCCUACGCAGAACCGCCUGUCAAACAGCCACCACCACGCCAACUGACUGACACUGCCACACAGGCGACCUCCGUUACCACACACGUCACGGAAUCCAGUGAGCAUGUGAUUGUCUCUAAACCCACCGUUCAAGUCGAAGCACCUCUCGUCACCGAGACCGCCUCAUUGGAGUUACCCACACCUGAACCUGUUCGCAAAACAUCACUAGUUGAAGCCACACAGUUCGUGAAACGUUCCACAGUCGACCAACAAAUCGACACAGUACCAGUCUCCUCGUCCGACGUGGGUGCACAGACUGAGCCACACAAAUCUCUACUCGACGGUGCUGCCCAUUUGUCGUUGAAACGCACCGAUGCGACGUCACAAGCCAAACCUGUCCAAUUGUGCAUGGUGGAUUCUUGGAGUGAGAUCCAUGCACCAGUGAAACCAGAGACACCAGUUGUUCCGGUCCACGAACCACCGAAACGCAUCCAAACAUUGGAAGCCUGUGUGCAGACGGUGAAGGAAAGUGUGUGUGUUGUGGAUAGUGCGACCAGUGUGUUAAUGAAGUCGCCGGAAAGUGUGCUUGAUUCGGCUGCAGCUUUCGUGAAGAGACCGAGUGUGAAUGCUGAAGUGCAAGUGGAUAGGGUGAGCACACCGGUCGUCAGUCUGACCACACACAAGUUAGAACCGAAAAUGGUCGAGAGGAGUCUGUGUACGAGCUGUGGACAUCGGUACGUGAAUACCGAAGAGAUGGCUUGUCAGACCGUUCAGCCUAAGAUCGAACCGGUUCCUGUGACUGUGAAGACGUCGAAUGUCGCUAUGCAGACCAGUAAGUUCUCAAGUCUCUGUCAGACAACCAGUGAAUUAGUGACACAUGUGACACCGGCACCCUACGUCGAGUCAACACUAUCCAUGGCCAUGAAGGUCGAGAAGCCAGUCACUCAGGACGUUGGAAUGCAGUUCGGAAUGCGUGUGGCCACGCGUGUCAUGAGCUCUGGCUACCAGGUGCAACAGACCAGCAGCCACACACUGACGGAAGCAGUGGGAGUAGCAGAACGAGAAGUACAGGUGACUCAAACCGAACGACCAGUUGUGACCAGUGUGGAUCACAGAGAAAUGAAGACAGUGAAACCUGAUCAUAUGAUGUCAGUGAGUACCUCCUACGCAGAACCGCCUGUCAAACAGCCACCACCACGCCAACUGACUGACACUGCCACACAGGCGACCUCCGUUACCACACACGUCACGGAAUCCAGUGAGCAUGUGAUUGUCUCUAAACCCACCGUUCAAGUCGAAGCACCUCUCGUCACCGAGACCGCCUCAUUGGAGUUACCCACACCUGAACCUGUUCGCAAAACAUCACUAGUUGAAGCCACACAGUUCGUGAAACGUUCCACAGUCGACCAACAAAUCGACACAGUACCAGUCUCCUCGUCCGACGUGGGUGCACAGACUGAGCCACACAAAUCUCUACUCGACGGUGCUGCCCAUUUGUCGUUGAAACGCACCGAUGCGACGUCACAAGCCAAACCUGUCCAAUUGUGCAUGGUGGAUUCUUGGAGUGAGAUCCAUGCACCAGUGAAACCAGAGACACCAGUUGUUCCGGUCCACGAACCACCGAAACGCAUCCAAACAUUGGAAGCCUGUGUGCAGACGGUGAAGGAAAGUGUGUGUGUUGUGGAUAGUGCGACCAGUGUGUUAAUGAAGUCGCCGGAAAGUGUGCUUGAUUCGGCUGCAGCUUUCGUGAAGAGACCGAGUGUGAAUGCUGAAGUGCAAGUGGAUAGGGUGAGCACACCGGUCGUCAGUCUGACCACACACAAGUUAGAACCGAAAAUGGUCGAGAGGAGUCUGUGUACCAGCUGUGGACAUCGGUACGUGAAUACCGAAGAGAUGGCUUGUCAGACCGUUCAGCCUAAGAUCGAACCGGUUCCUGUGACUGUGAAGACGUCGAAUGUCGCUAUGCAGACCAGUAAGUUCUCAAGUCUCUGUCAGACAACCAGUGAAUUAGUGACACAUGUGACACCGGCACCCUACGUCGAGUCAACACUAUCCAUGGCCAUGAAGGUCGAGAAGCCAGUCACUCAGGACGUUGGAAUGCAGUUCGGAAUGCGUGUGGCCACGCGUGUCAUGAGCUCUGGCUACCAGGUGCAACAGACCAGCAGCCACACACUGACGGAAGCAGUGGGAGUAGCAGAACGAGAAGUACAGGUGACUCAAACCGAACGACCAGUUGUGACCAGUGUGGAUCACAGAGAAAUGAAGACAGUGAAACCUGAUCAUAUGAUGUCAGUGAGUACCUCCUACGCAGAACCGCCUGUCAAACAGCCACCACCACGCCAACUGACUGACACUGCCACACAGGCGACCUCCGUUACCACACACGUCACGGAAUCCAGUGAGCAUGUGAUUGUCUCUAAACCCACCGUUCAAGUCGAAGCACCUCUCGUCACCGAGACCGCCUCAUUGGAGUUACCCACACCUGAACCUGUUCGCAAAACAUCACUAGUUGAAGCCACACAGUUCGUGAAACGUUCCACAGUCGACCAACAAAUCGACACAGUACCAGUCUCCUCGUCCGACGUGGGUGCACAGACUGAGCCACACAAAUCUCUACUCGACGGUGCUGCCCAUUUGUCGUUGAAACGCACCGAUGCGACGUCACAAGCCAAACCUGUCCAAUUGUGCAUGGUGGAUUCUUGGAGUGAGAUCCAUGCACCAGUGAAACCAGAGACACCAGUUGUUCCGGUCCACGAACCACCGAAACGCAUCCAAACAUUGGAAGCCUGUGUGCAGACGGUGAAGGAAAGUGUGUGUGUUGUGGAUAGUGCGACCAGUGUGUUAAUGAAGUCGCCGGAAAGUGUGCUUGAUUCGGCUGCAGCUUUCGUGAAGAGACCGAGUGUGAAUGCUGAAGUGCAAGUGGAUAGGGUGAGCACACCGGUCGUCAGUCUGACCACACACAAGUUAGAACCGAAAAUGGUCGAGAGGAGUCUGUGUACCAGCUGUGGACAUCGGUACGUGAAUACCGAAGAGAUGGCUUGUCAGACCGUUCAGCCUAAGAUCGAACCGGUUCCUGUGACUGUGAAGACGUCGAAUGUCGCUAUGCAGACCAGUAAGUUCUCAAGUCUCUGUCAGACAACCAGUGAAUCAGUGACACAUGUGACACCGGCACCCUACGUCGAGUCAACACUAUCCAUGGCCAUGAAGGUCGAGAAGCCAGUCACUCAGGACGUUGGAAUGCAGUUCGGAAUGCGUGUGGCCACGCGUGUCAUGAGCUCUGGCUACCAGGUGCAACAGACCAGCAGCCACACACUGACGGAAGCAGUGGGAGUAGCAGAACGAGAAGUACAGGUGACUCAAACCGAACGACCAGUUGUGACCAGUGUGGAUCACAGAGAAAUGAAGACAGUGAAACCUGAUCAUAUGAUGUCAGUGAGUACCUCCUACGCAGAACCGCCUGUCAAACAGCCACCACCACGCCAACUGACUGACACUGCCACACAGGCGACCUCCGUUACCACACACGUCACGGAAUCCAGUGAGCAUGUGAUUGUCUCUAAACCCACCGUUCAAGUCGAAGCACCUCUCGUCACCGAGACCGCCUCAUUGGAGUUACCCACACCUGAACCUGUUCGCAAAACAUCACUAGUUGAAGCCACACAGUUCGUGAAACGUUCCACAGUCGACCAACAAAUCGACACAGUACCAGUCUCCUCGUCCGACGUGGGUGCACAGACUGAGCCACACAAAUCUCUACUCGACGGUGCUGCCCAUUUGUCGUUGAAACGCACCGAUGCGACGUCACAAGCCAAACCUGUCCAAUUGUGCAUGGUGGAUUCUUGGAGUGAGAUCCAUGCACCAGUGAAACCAGAGACACCAGUUGUUCCGGUCCACGAACCACCGAAACGCAUCCAAACAUUGGAAGCCUGUGUGCAGACGGUGAAGGAAAGUGUGUGUGUUGUGGAUAGUGCGACCAGUGUGUUAAUGAAGUCGCCGGAAAGUGUGCUUGAUUCGGCUGCAGCUUUCGUGAAGAGACCGAGUGUGAAUGCUGAAGUGCAAGUGGAUAGGGUGAGCACACCGGUCGUCAGUCUGACCACACACAAGUUAGAACCGAAAAUGGUCGAGAGGAGUCUGUGUACCAGCUGUGGACAUCGGUACGUGAAUACCGAAGAGAUGGCUUGUCAGACCGUUCAGCCUAAGAUCGAACCGGUUCCUGUGACUGUGAAGACGUCGAAUGUCGCUAUGCAGACCAGUAAGUUCUCAAGUCUCUGUCAGACAACCAGUGAAUUAGUGACACAUGUGACACCGGCACCCUACGUCGAGUCAACACUAUCCAUGGCCAUGAAGGUCGAGAAGCCAGUCACUCAGGACGUUGGAAUGCAGUUCGGAAUGCGUGUGGCCACGCGUGUCAUGAGCUCUGGCUACCAGGUGCAACAGACCAGCAGCCACACACUGACGGAAGCAGUGGGAGUAGCAGAACGAGAAGUACAGGUGACUCAAACCGAACGACCAGUUGUGACCAGUGUGGAUCACAGAGAAAUGAAGACAGUGAAACCUGAUCAUAUGAUGUCAGUGAGUACCUCCUACGCAGAACCGCCUGUCAAACAGCCACCACCACGCCAACUGACUGACACUGCCACACAGGCGACCUCCGUUACCACACACGUCACGGAAUCCAGUGAGCAUGUGAUUGUCUCUAAACCCACCGUUCAAGUCGAAGCACCUCUCGUCACCGAGACCGCCUCAUUGGAGUUACCCACACCUGAACCUGUUCGCAAAACAUCACUAGUGGAAGCCACACAGUUCGUGAGACGUUCCACAGUCGACCAACAAAUCGACACAGUACCAGUCUCCUCGUCCGACGUGGGUGCACAGACUGAGCCACACAAAUCUCUACUCGACGGUGCUGCCCAUUUGUCGUUGAAACGCACCGAUGCGACGUCACAAGCCAAACCUGUCCAAUUGUGCAUGGUGGAUUCUUGGAGUGAGAUCCAUGCACCAGUGAAACCAGAGACACCAGUUGUUCCGGUCCACGAACCACCGAAACGCAUCCAAACAUUGGAAGCCUGUGUGCAGACGGUGAAGGAAAGUGUGUGUGUUGUGGAUAGUGCGACCAGUGUGUUAAUGAAGUCGCCGGAAAGUGUGCUUGAUUCGGCUGCAGCUUUCGUGAAGAGACCGAGUGUGAAUGCUGAAGUGCAAGUGGAUAGGGUGAGCACACCGGUCGUCAGUCUGACCACACACAAGUUAGAACCGAAAAUGGUCGAGAGGAGUCUGUGUACCAGCUGUGGACAUCGGUACGUGAAUACCGAAGAGAUGGCUUGUCAGACCGUUCAGCCUAAGAUCGAACCGGUUCCUGUGACUGUGAAGACGUCGAAUGUCGCUAUGCAGACCAGUAAGUUCUCAAGUCUCUGUCAGACAACCAGUGAAUUAGUGACACAUGUGACACCGGCACCCUACGUCGAGUCAACACUAUCCAUGGCCAUGAAGGUCGAGAAGCCAGUCACUCAGGACGUUGGAAUGCAGUUCGGAAUGCGUGUGGCCACGCGUGUCAUGAGCUCUGGCUACCAGGUGCAACAGACCAGCAGCCACACACUGACGGAAGCAGUGGGAGUAGCAGAACGAGAAGUACAGGUGACUCAAACCGAACGACCAGUUGUGACCAGUGUGGAUCACAGAGAAAUGAAGACAGUGAAACCUGAUCAUAUGAUGUCAGUGAGUACCUCCUACGCAGAACCGCCUGUCAAACAGCCACCACCACACCAACUGACUGACACUGCCACACAGGCGACCUCCGUUACCACACACGUCACGGAAUCCAGUGAGCAUGUGAUUGUCUCUAAACCCACCGUUCAAGUCGAAGCACCUCUCGUCACCGAGACCGCCUCAUUGGAGUUACCCACACCUGAACCUGUUCGCAAAACAUCACUAGUUGAAGCCACACAGUUCGUGAAACGUUCCACAGUCGACCAACAAAUCGACACAGUACCAGUCUCCUCGUCCGACGUGGGUGCACAGACUGAGCCACACAAAUCUCUACUCGACGGUGCUGCCCAUUUGUCGUUGAAACGCACCGAUGCGACGUCACAAGCCAAACCUGUCCAAUUGUGCAUGGUGGAUUCUUGGAGUGAGAUCCAUGCACCAGUGAAACCAGAGACACCAGUUGUUCCGGUCCACGAACCACCGAAACGCAUCCAAACAUUGGAAGCCUGUGUGCAGACGGUGAAGGAAAGUGUGUGUGUUGUGGAUAGUGCGACCAGUGUGUUAAUGAAGUCGCCGGAAAGUGUGCUUGAUUCGGCUGCAGCUUUCGUGAAGAGACCGAGUGUGAAUGCUGAAGUGCAAGUGGAUAGGGUGAGCACACCGGUCGUCAGUCUGACCACACACAAGUUAGAACCGAAAAUGGUCGAGAGGAGUCUGUGUACCAGCUGUGGACAUCGGUACGUGAAUACCGAAGAGAUGGCUUGUCAGACCGUUCAGCCUAAGAUCGAACCGGUUCCUGUGACUGUGAAGACGUCGAAUGUCGCUAUGCAGACCAGUAAGUUCUCAAGUCUCUGUCAGACAACCAGUGAAUUAGUGACACAUGUGACACCGGCACCCUACGUCGAGUCAACACUAUCCAUGGCCAUGAAGGUCGAGAAGCCAGUCACUCAGGACGUUGGAAUGCAGUUCGGAAUGCGUGUGGCCACGCGUGUCAUGAGCUCUGGCUACCAGGUGCAACAGACCAGCAGCCACACACUGACGGAAGCAGUGGGAGUAGCAGAACGAGAAGUACAGGUGACUCAAACCGAACGACCAGUUGUGACCAGUGUGGAUCACAGAGAAAUGAAGACAGUGAAACCUGAUCAUAUGAUGUCAGUGAGUACCUCCUACGCAGAACCGCCUGUCAAACAGCCACCACCACGCCAACUGACUGACACUGCCACACAGGCGACCUCCGUUACCACACACGUCACGGAAUCCAGUGAGCAUGUGAUUGUCUCUAAACCCACCGUUCAAGUCGAAGCACCUCUCGUCACCGAGACCGCCUCAUUGGAGUUACCCACACCUGAACCUGUUCGCAAAACAUCACUAGUUGAAGCCACACAGUUCGUGAAGCGUUCCACAGUCGACCAACAAAUCGACACAGUACCAGUCUCCUCGUCCGACGUGGGUGCACAGACUGAGCCACACAAAUCUCUACUCGACGGUGCUGCCCAUUUGUCGUUGAAACGCACCGAUGCGACGUCACAAGCCAAACCUGUCCAAUUGUGCAUGGUGGAUUCUUGGAGUGAGAUCCAUGCACCAGUGAAACCAGAGACACCAGUUGUUCCGGUCCACGAACCACCGAAACGCAUCCAAACAUUGGAAGCCUGUGUGCAGACGGUGAAGGAAAGUGUGUGUGUUGUGGAUAGUGCGACCAGUGUGUUAAUGAAGUCGCCGGAAAGUGUGCUUGAUUCGGCUGCAGCUUUCGUGAAGAGACCGAGUGUGAAUGCUGAAGUGCAAGUGGAUAGGGUGAGCACACCGGUCGUCAGUCUGACCACACACAAGUUAGAACCGAAAAUGGUCGAGAGGAGUCUGUGUACCAGCUGUGGACAUCGGUACGUGAAUACCGAAGAGAUGGCUUGUCAGACCGUUCAGCCUAAGAUCGAACCGGUUCCUGUGACUGUGAAGACGUCGAAUGUCGCUAUGCAGACCAGUAAGUUCUCAAGUCUCUGUCAGACAACCAGUGAAUUAGUGACACAUGUGACACCGGCACCCUACGUCGAGUCAACACUAUCCAUGGCCAUGAAGGUCGAGAAGCCAGUCACUCAGGACGUUGGAAUGCAGUUCGGAAUGCGUGUGGCCACGCGUGUCAUGAGCUCUGGCUACCAGGUGCAACAGACCAGCAGCCACACACUGACGGAAGCAGUGGGAGUAGCAGAACGAGAAGUACAGGUGACUCAAACCGAACGACCAGUUGUGACCAGUGUGGAUCACAGAGAAAUGAAGACAGUGAAACCUGAUCAUAUGAUGUCAGUGAGUACCUCCUACGCAGAACCGCCUGUCAAACAGCCACCACCACGCCAACUGACUGACACUGCCACACAGGCGACCUCCGUUACCACACACGUCACGGAAUCCAGUGAGCAUGUGAUUGUCUCUAAACCCACCGUUCAAGUCGAAGCACCUCUCGUCACCGAGACCGCCUCAUUGGAGUUACCCACACCUGAACCUGUUCGCAAAACAUCACUAGUUGAAGCCACACAGUUCGUGAAACGUUCCACAGUCGACCAACAAAUCGACACAGUACCAGUCUCCUCGUCCGACGUGGGUGCACAGACUGAGCCACACAAAUCUCUACUCGACGGUGCUGCCCAUUUGUCGUUGAAACGCACCGAUGCGACGUCACAAGCCAAACCUGUCCAAUUGUGCAUGGUGGAUUCUUGGAGUGAGAUCCAUGCACCAGUGAAACCAGAGACACCAGUUGUUCCGGUCCACGAACCACCGAAACGCAUCCAAACAUUGGAAGCCUGUGUGCAGACGGUGAAGGAAAGUGUGUGUGUUGUGGAUAGUGCGACCAGUGUGUUAAUGAAGUCGCCGGAAAGUGUGCUUGAUUCGGCUGCAGCUUUCGUGAAGAGACCGAGUGUGAAUGCUGAAGUGCAAGUGGAUAGGGUGAGCACACCGGUCGUCAGUCUGACCACACACAAGUUAGAACCGAAAAUGGUCGAGAGGAGUCUGUGUACCAGCUGUGGACAUCGGUACGUGAAUACCGAAGAGAUGGCUUGUCAGACCGUUCAGCCUAAGAUCGAACCGGUUCCUGUGACUGUGAAGACGUCGAAUGUCGCUAUGCAGACCAGUAAGUUCUCAAGUCUCUGUCAGACAACCAGUGAAUUAGUGACACAUGUGACACCGGCACCCUACGUCGAGUCAACACUAUCCAUGGCCAUGAAGGUCGAGAAGCCAGUCACUCAGGACGUUGGAAUGCAGUUCGGAAUGCGUGUGGCCACGCGUGUCAUGAGCUCUGGCUACCAGGUGCAACAGACCAGCAGCCACACACUGACGGAAGCAGUGGGAGUAGCAGAACGAGAAGUACAGGUGACUCAAACCGAACGACCAGUUGUGACCAGUGUGGAUCACAGAGAAAUGAAGACAGUGAAACCUGAUCAUAUGAUGUCAGUGAGUACCUCCUACGCAGAACCGCCUGUCAAACAGCCACCACCACGCCAACUGACUGACACUGCCACACAGGCGACCUCCGUUACCACACACGUCACGGAAUCCAGUGAGCAUGUGAUUGUCUCUAAACCCACCGUUCAAGUCGAAGCACCUCUCGUCACCGAGACCGCCUCAUUGGAGUUACCCACACCUGAACCUGUUCGCAAAACAUCACUAGUUGAAGCCACACAGUUCGUGAAACGUUCCACAGUCGACCAACAAAUCGACACAGUACCAGUCUCCUCGUCCGACGUGGGUGCACAGACUGAGCCACACAAAUCUCUACUCGACGGUGCUGCCCAUUUGUCGUUGAAACGCACCGAUGCGACGUCACAAGCCAAACCUGUCCAAUUGUGCAUGGUGGAUUCUUGGAGUGAGAUCCAUGCACCAGUGAAACCAGAGACACCAGUUGUUCCGGUCCACGAACCACCGAAACGCAUCCAAACAUUGGAAGCCUGUGUGCAGACGGUGAAGGGAAGUGUGUGUGUUGUGGAUAGUGCGACCAGUGUGUUAAUGAAGUCGCCGGAAAGUGUGCUUGAUUCGGCUGCAGCUUUCGUGAAGAGACCGAGUGUGAAUGCUGAAGUGCAAGUGGAUAGGGUGAGCACACCGGUCGUCAGUCUGACCACACACAAGUUAGAACCGAAAAUGGUCGAGAGGAGUCUGUGUACCAGCUGUGGACAUCGGUACGUGAAUACCGAAGAGAUGGCUUGUCAGACCGUUCAGCCUAAGAUCGAACCGGUUCCUGUGACUGUGAAGACGUCGAAUGUCGCUAUGCAGACCAGUAAGUUCUCAAGUCUCUGUCAGACAACCAGUGAAUUAGUGACACAUGUGACACCGGCACCCUACGUCGAGUCAACACUAUCCAUGGCCAUGAAGGUCGAGAAGCCAGUCACUCAGGACGUUGGAAUGCAGUUCGGAAUGCGUGUGGCCACGCGUGUCAUGAGCUCUGGCUACCAGGUGCAACAGACCAGCAGCCACACACUGACGGAAGCAGUGGGAGUAGCAGAACGAGAAGUACAGGUGACUCAAACCGAACGACCAGUUGUGACCAGUGUGGAUCACAGAGAAAUGAAGACAGUGAAACCUGAUCAUAUGAUGUCAGUGAGUACCUCCUACGCAGAACCGCCUGUCAAACAGCCACCACCACGCCAACUGACUGACACUGCCACACAGGCGACCUCCGUUACCACACACGUCACGGAAUCCAGUGAGCAUGUGAUUGUCUCUAAACCCACCGUUCAAGUCGAAGCACCUCUCGUCACCGAGACCGCCUCAUUGGAGUUACCCACACCUGAACCUGUUCGCAAAACAUCACUAGUUGAAGCCACACAGUUCGUGAAACGUUCCACAGUCGACCAACAAAUCGACACAGUACCAGUCUCCUCGUCCGACGUGGGUGCACAGACUGAGCCACACAAAUCUCUACUCGACGGUGCUGCCCAUUUGUCGUUGAAACGCACCGAUGCGACGUCACAAGCCAAACCUGUCCAAUUGUGCAUGGUGGAUUCUUGGAGUGAGAUCCAUGCACCAGUGAAACCAGAGACACCAGUUGUUCCGGUCCACGAACCACCGAAACGCAUCCAAACAUUGGAAGCCUGUGUGCAGACGGUGAAGGAAAGUGUGUGUGUUGUGGAUAGUGCGACCAGUGUGUUAAUGAAGUCGCCGGAAAGUGUGCUUGAUUCGGCUGCAGCUUUCGUGAAGAGACCGAGUGUGAAUGCUGAAGUGCAAGUGGAUAGGGUGAGCACACCGGUCGUCAGUCUGACCACACACAAGUUAGAACCGAAAAUGGUCGAGAGGAGUCUGUGUACCAGCUGUGGACAUCGGUACGUGAAUACCGAAGAGAUGGCUUGUCAGACCGUUCAGCCUAAGAUCGAACCGGUUCCUGUGACUGUGAAGACGUCGAAUGUCGCUAUGCAGACCAGUAAGUUCUCAAGUCUCUGUCAGACAACCAGUGAAUUAGUGACACAUGUGACACCGGCACCCUACGUCGAGUCAACACUAUCCAUGGCCAUGAAGGUCGAGAAGCCAGUCACUCAGGACGUUGGAAUGCAGUUCGGAAUGCGUGUGGCCACGCGUGUCAUGAGCUCUGGCUACCAGGUGCAACAGACCAGCAGCCACACACUGACGGAAGCAGUGGGAGUAGCAGAACGAGAAGUACAGGUGACUCAAACCGAACGACCAGUUGUGACCAGUGUGGAUCACAGAGAAAUGAAGACAGUGAAACCUGAUCAUAUGAUGUCAGUGAGUACCUCCUACGCAGAACCGCCUGUCAAACAGCCACCACCACGCCAACUGACUGACACUGCCACACAGGCGACCUCCGUUACCACACACGUCACGGAAUCCAGUGAGCAUGUGAUUGUCUCUAAACCCACCGUUCAAGUCGAAGCACCUCUCGUCACCGAGACCGCCUCAUUGGAGUUACCCACACCUGAACCUGUUCGCAAAACAUCACUAGUUGAAGCCACACAGUUCGUGAAACGUUCCACAGUCGACCAACAAAUCGACACAGUACCAGUCUCCUCGUCCGACGUGGGUGCACAGACUGAGCCACACAAAUCUCUACUCGACGGUGCUGCCCAUUUGUCGUUGAAACGCACCGAUGCGACGUCACAAGCCAAACCUGUCCAAUUGUGCAUGGUGGAUUCUUGGAGUGAGAUCCAUGCACCAGUGAAACCAGAGACACCAGUUGUUCCGGUCCACGAACCACCGAAACGCAUCCAAACAUUGGAAGCCUGUGUGCAGACGGUGAAGGAAAGUGUGUGUGUUGUGGAUAGUGCGACCAGUGUGUUAAUGAAGUCGCCGGAAAGUGUGCUUGAUUCGGCUGCAGCUUUCGUGAAGAGACCGAGUGUGAAUGCUGAAGUGCAAGUGGAUAGGGUGAGCACACCGGUCGUCAGUCUGACCACACACAAGUUAGAACCGAAAAUGGUCGAGAGGAGUCUGUGUACCAGCUGUGGACAUCGGUACGUGAAUACCGAAGAGAUGGCUUGUCAGACCGUUCAGCCUAAGAUCGAACCGGUUCCUGUGACUGUGAAGACGUCGAAUGUCGCUAUGCAGACCAGUAAGUUCUCAAGUCUCUGUCAGACAACCAGUGAAUUAGUGACACAUGUGACACCGGCACCCUACGUCGAGUCAACACUAUCCAUGGCCAUGAAGGUCGAGAAGCCAGUCACUCAGGACGUUGGAAUGCAGUUCGGAAUGCGUGUGGCCACGCGUGUCAUGAGCUCUGGCUACCAGGUGCAACAGACCAGCAGCCACACACUGACGGAAGCAGUGGGAGUAGCAGAACGAGAAGUACAGGUGACUCAAACCGAACGACCAGUUGUGACCAGUGUGGAUCACAGAGAAAUGAAGACAGUGAAACCUGAUCAUAUGAUGUCAGUGAGUACCUCCUACGCAGAACCGCCUGUCAAACAGCCACCACCACGCCAACUGACUGACACUGCCACACAGGCGACCUCCGUUACCACACACGUCACGGAAUCCAGUGAGCAUGUGAUUGUCUCUAAACCCACCGUUCAAGUCGAAGCACCUCUCGUCACCGAGACCGCCUCAUUGGAGUUACCCACACCUGAACCUGUUCGCAAAACAUCACUAGUGGAAGCCACACAGUUCGUGAAACGUUCCACAGUCGACCAACAAAUCGACACAGUACCAGUCUCCUCGUCCGACGUGGGUGCACAGACUGAGCCACACAAAUCUCUACUCGACGGUGCUGCCCAUUUGUCGUUGAAACGCACCGAUGCGACGUCACAAGCCAAACCUGUCCAAUUGUGCAUGGUGGAUUCUUGGAGUGAGAUCCAUGCACCAGUGAAACCAGAGACACCAGUUGUUCCGGUCCACGAACCACCGAAACGCAUCCAAACAUUGGAAGCCUGUGUGCAGACGGUGAAGGAAAGUGUGUGUGUUGUGGAUAGUGCGACCAGUGUGUUAAUGAAGUCGCCGGAAAGUGUGCUUGAUUCGGCUGCAGCUUUCGUGAAGAGACCGAGUGUGAAUGCUGAAGUGCAAGUGGAUAGGGUGAGCACACCGGUCGUCAGUCUGACCACACACAAGUUAGAACCGAAAAUGGUCGAGAGGAGUCUGUGUACCAGCUGUGGACAUCGGUACGUGAAUACCGAAGAGAUGGCUUGUCAGACCGUUCAGCCUAAGAUCGAACCGGUUCCUGUGACUGUGAAGACGUCGAAUGUCGCUAUGCAGACCAGUAAGUUCUCAAGUCUCUGUCAGACAACCAGUGAAUUAGUGACACAUGUGACACCGGCACCCUACGUCGAGUCAACACUAUCCAUGGCCAUGAAGGUCGAGAAGCCAGUCACUCAGGACGUUGGAAUGCAGUUCGGAAUGCGUGUGGCCACGCGUGUCAUGAGCUCUGGCUACCAGGUGCAACAGACCAGCAGCCACACACUGACGGAAGCAGUGGGAGUAGCAGAACGAGAAGUACAGGUGACUCAAACCGAACGACCAGUUGUGACCAGUGUGGAUCACAGAGAAAUGAAGACAGUGAAACCUGAUCAUAUGAUGUCAGUGAGUACCUCCUACGCAGAACCGCCUGUCAAACAGCCACCACCACGCCAACUGACUGACACUGCCACACAGGUGACCUCCGUUACCACACACGUCACGGAAUCCAGUGAGCAUGUGAUUGUCUCUAAACCCACCGUUCAAGUCGAAGCACCUCUCGUCACCGAGACCGCCUCAUUGGAGUUACCCACACCUGAACCUGUUCGCAAAACAUCACUAGUGGAAGCCACACAGUUCGUGAAACGUUCCACAGUCGACCAACAAAUCGACACAGUACCAGUCUCCUCGUCCGACGUGGGUGCACAGACUGAGCCACACAAAUCUCUACUCGACGGUGCUGCCCAUUUGUCGUUGAAACGCACCGAUGCGACGUCACAAGCCAAACCUGUCCAAUUGUGCAUGGUGGAUUCUUGGAGUGAGAUCCAUGCACCAGUGAAACCAGAGACACCAGUUGUUCCGGUCCACGAACCACCGAAACGCAUCCAAACAUUGGAAGCCUGUGUGCAGACGGUGAAGGAAAGUGUGUGUGUUGUGGAUAGUGCGACCAGUGUGUUAAUGAAGUCGCCGGAAAGUGUGCUUGAUUCGGCUGCAGCUUUCGUGAAGAGACCGAGUGUGAAUGCUGAAGUGCAAGUGGAUAGGGUGAGCACACCGGUCGUCAGUCUGACCACACACAAGUUAGAACCGAAAAUGGUCGAGAGGAGUCUGUGUACCAGCUGUGGACAUCGGUACGUGAAUACCGAAGAGAUGGCUUGUCAGACCGUUCAGCCUAAGAUCGAACCGGUUCCUGUGACUGUGAAGACGUCGAAUGUCGCUAUGCAGACCAGUAAGUUCUCAAGUCUCUGUCAGACAACCAGUGAAUUAGUGACACAUGUGACACCGGCACCCUACGUCGAGUCAACACUAUCCAUGGCCAUGAAGGUCGAGAAGCCAGUCACUCAGGACGUUGGAAUGCAGUUCGGAAUGCGUGUGGCCACGCGUGUCAUGAGCUCUGGCUACCAGGUGCAACAGACCAGCAGCCACACACUGACGGAAGCAGUGGGAGUAGCAGAACGAGAAGUACAGGUGACUCAAACCGAACGACCAGUUGUGACCAGUGUGGAUCACAGAGAAAUGAAGACAGUGAAACCUGAUCAUAUGAUGUCAGUGAGUACCUCCUACGCAGAACCGCCUGUCAAACAGCCACCACCACGCCAACUGACUGACACUGCCACACAGGUGACCUCCGUUACCACACACGUCACGGAAUCCAGUGAGCAUGUGAUUGUCUCUAAACCCACCGUUCAAGUCGAAGCACCUCUCGUCACCGAGACCGCCUCAUUGGAGUUACCCACACCUGAACCUGUUCGCAAAACAUCACUAGUGGAAGCCACACAGUUCGUGAAGCGUUCCACAGUCGACCAACAAAUCGACACAGUACCAGUCUCCUCGUCCGACGUGGGUGCACAGACUGAGCCACACAAAUCUCUACUCGACGGUGCUGCCCAUUUGUCGUUGAAACGCACCGAUGCGACGUCACAAGCCAAACCUGUCCAAUUGUGCAUGGUGGAUUCUUGGAGUGAGAUCCAUGCACCAGUGAAACCAGAGACACCAGUUGUUCCGGUCCACGAACCACCGAAACGCAUCCAAACAUUGGAAGCCUGUGUGCAGACGGUGAAGGAAAGUGUGUGUGUUGUGGAUAGUGCGACCAGUGUGUUAAUGAAGUCGCCGGAAAGUGUGCUUGAUUCGGCUGCAGCUUUCGUGAAGAGACCGAGUGUGAAUGCUGAAGUGCAAGUGGAUAGGGUGAGCACACCGGUCGUCAGUCUGACCACACACAAGUUAGAACCGAAAAUGGUCGAGAGGAGUCUGUGUACCAGCUGUGGACAUCGGUACGUGAAUACCGAAGAGAUGGCUUGUCAGACCGUUCAGCCUAAGAUCGAACCGGUUCCUGUGACUGUGAAGACGUCGAAUGUCGCUAUGCAGACCAGUAAGUUCUCAAGUCUCUGUCAGACAACCAGUGAAUUAGUGACACAUGUGACACCGGCACCCUACGUCGAGUCAACACUAUCCAUGGCCAUGAAGGUCGAGAAGCCAGUCACUCAGGACGUUGGAAUGCAGUUCGGAAUGCGUGUGGCCACGCGUGUCAUGAGCUCUGGCUACCAGGUGCAACAGACCAGCAGCCACACACUGACGGAAGCAGUGGGAGUAGCAGAACGAGAAGUACAGGUGACUCAAACCGAACGACCAGUUGUGACCAGUGUGGAUCACAGAGAAAUGAAGACAGUGAAACCUGAUCAUAUGAUGUCAGUGAGUACCUCCUACGCAGAACCGCCUGUCAAACAGCCACCACCACGCCAACUGACUGACACUGCCACACAGGCGACCUCCGUUACCACACACGUCACGGAAUCCAGUGAGCAUGUGAUUGUCUCUAAACCCACCGUUCAAGUCGAAGCACCUCUCGUCACCGAGACCGCCUCAUUGGAGUUACCCACACCUGAACCCGUUCGCAAAACAUCACUAGUGGAAGCCACACAGUUCGUGAAACGUUCCACAGUCGACCAACAAAUCGACACAGUACCAGUCUCCUCGUCCGACGUGGGUGCACAGACUGAGCCACACAAAUCUCUACUCGACGGUGCUGCCCAUUUGUCGUUGAAACGCACCGAUGCGACGUCACAAGCCAAACCUGUCCAAUUGUGCAUGGUGGAUUCUUGGAGUGAGAUCCAUGCACCAGUGAAACCAGAGACACCAGUUGUUCCGGUCCACGAACCACCGAAACGCAUCCAAACAUUGGAAGCCUGUGUGCAGACGGUGAAGGAAAGUGUGUGUGUUGUGGAUAGUGCGACCAGUGUGUUAAUGAAGUCGCCGGAAAGUGUGCUUGAUUCGGCUGCAGCUUUCGUGAAGAGACCGAGUGUGAAUGCUGAAGUGCAAGUGGAUAGGGUGAGCACACCGGUCGUCAGUCUGACCACACACAAGUUAGAACCGAAAAUGGUCGAGAGGAGUCUGUGUACCAGCUGUGGACAUCGGUACGUGAAUACCGAAGAGAUGGCUUGUCAGACCGUUCAGCCUAAGAUCGAACCGGUUCCUGUGACUGUGAAGACGUCGAAUGUCGCUAUGCAGACCAGUAAGUUCUCAAGUCUCUGUCAGACAACCAGUGAAUUAGUGACACAUGUGACACCGGCACCCUACGUCGAGUCAACACUAUCCAUGGCCAUGAAGGUCGAGAAGCCAGUCACUCAGGACGUUGGAAUGCAGUUCGGAAUGCGUGUGGCCACGCGUGUCAUGAGCUCUGGCUACCAGGUGCAACAGACCAGCAGCCACACACUGACGGAAGCAGUGGGAGUAGCAGAACGAGAAGUACAGGUGACUCAAACCGAACGACCAGUUGUGACCAGUGUGGAUCACAGAGAAAUGAAGACAGUGAAACCUGAUCAUAUGAUGUCAGUGAGUACCUCCUACGCAGAACCGCCUGUCAAACAGCCACCACCACGCCAACUGACUGACACUGCCACACAGGUGACCUCCGUUACCACACACGUCACGGAAUCCAGUGAGCAUGUGAUUGUCUCUAAACCCACCGUUCAAGUCGAAGCACCUCUCGUCACCGAGACCGCCUCAUUGGAGUUACCCACACCUGAACCUGUUCGCAAAACAUCACUAGUGGAAGCCACACAGUUCGUGAAACGUUCCACAGUCGACCAACAAAUCGACACAGUACCAGUCUCCUCGUCCGACGUGGGUGCACAGACUGAGCCACACAAAUCUCUACUCGACGGUGCUGCCCAUUUGUCGUUGAAACGCACCGAUGCGACGUCACAAGCCAAACCUGUCCAAUUGUGCAUGGUGGAUUCUUGGAGUGAGAUCCAUGCACCAGUGAAACCAGAGACACCAGUUGUUCCGGUCCACGAACCACCGAAACGCAUCCAAACAUUGGAAGCCUGUGUGCAGACGGUGAAGGAAAGUGUGUGUGUUGUGGAUAGUGCGACCAGUGUGUUAAUGAAGUCGCCGGAAAGUGUGCUUGAUUCGGCUGCAGCUUUCGUGAAGAGACCGAGUGUGAAUGCUGAAGUGCAAGUGGAUAGGGUGAGCACACCGGUCGUCAGUCUGACCACACACAAGUUAGAACCGAAAAUGGUCGAGAGGAGUCUGUGUACCAGCUGUGGACAUCGGUACGUGAAUACCGAAGAGAUGGCUUGUCAGACCGUUCAGCCUAAGAUCGAACCGGUUCCUGUGACUGUGAAGACGUCGAAUGUCGCUAUGCAGACCAGUAAGUUCUCAAGUCUCUGUCAGACAACCAGUGAAUUAGUGACACAUGUGACACCGGCACCCUACGUCGAGUCAACACUAUCCAUGGCCAUGAAGGUCGAGAAGCCAGUCACUCAGGACGUUGGAAUGCAGUUCGGAAUGCGUGUGGCCACGCGUGUCAUGAGCUCUGGCUACCAGGUGCAACAGACCAGCAGCCACACACUGACGGAAGCAGUGGGAGUAGCAGAACGAGAAGUACAGGUGACUCAAACCGAACGACCAGUUGUGACCAGUGUGGAUCACAGAGAAAUGAAGACAGUGAAACCUGAUCAUAUGAUGUCAGUGAGUACCUCCUACGCAGAACCGCCUGUCAAACAGCCACCACCACGCCAACUGACUGACACUGCCACACAGGCGACCUCCGUUACCACACACGUCACGGAAUCCAGUGAGCAUGUGAUUGUCUCUAAACCCACCGUUCAAGUCGAAGCACCUCUCGUCACCGAGACCGCCUCAUUGGAGUUACCCACACCUGAACCUGUUCGCAAAACAUCACUAGUUGAAGCCACACAGUUCGUGAAACGUUCCACAGUCGACCAACAAAUCGACACAGUACCAGUCUCCUCGUCCGACGUGGGUGCACAGACUGAGCCACACAAAUCUCUACUCGACGGUGCUGCCCAUUUGUCGUUGAAACGCACCGAUGCGACGUCACAAGCCAAACCUGUCCAAUUGUGCAUGGUGGAUUCUUGGAGUGAGAUCCAUGCACCAGUGAAACCAGAGACACCAGUUGUUCCGGUCCACGAACCACCGAAACGCAUCCAAACAUUGGAAGCCUGUGUGCAGACGGUGAAGGAAAGUGUGUGUGUUGUGGACACUUCUACUUGUGUGAUGAUUAAAACGGGGAACGUUUCACCGAUUUCUACUCAAGGUGUUUUUGAUUCAAUGCCGUCCUCUCUCUUCGAUAUCUCUGUUUCUGCUACGCCUUCUCUCUGUGAUUGUUGGUCUCAAUGUAAUUUUUCGUCGAUUAUAAGAUAUCCGAUUGUUGAUAAUUUUGUGAAUUUUGAUCUGCCUGAAUCCUUAUCAUCUCCACUUGUUGAUUCUUGUUGUAUAAUGGUCUUUGGUUGCUCCUCUAUAGGAACUGUAACUGAGCCAUUAAAUCCUGUUCCCCGUGAUCUGAAAAGUCCGAACUUAAUUGACGCAUCUGGAUUCUUCCUUGUUGAUCCUGAUUAUUUGUCUUCAACAAUUCAGGACGAAGAUGUCCCUCUUGACUCUGGAGACCUUGAAUGGGAGUUAGUUGACGAUAAUUUGAAAGAAUUACACCGUUGUUUGGUGAAUAGUUGUGUGCAAACUGAAGAGUCAAAUAUUUAUAGGCCUGAUUCUCAAAGAGAACGCUCUCCUUCGCUACCUGUUAGCCAAUUGCCUACCGUCAACAGGAAAAACUUUUCAGUCCAGUAUAUUUAUGAGCCUGCUCAAGAAAAUGCUUGCUGUCAAACCCAACCCAUGACCUCUGAUAAAAUUCAAAAAGAGAUCAUUAUCGAUAAUCUAGAUGCUGAAACCAUGACUGACGAUAUAGAGUCAAAUGUUGCCGUCUUACUUCAAAACGUAAGUUCUACAGACAUCAGAGAACGUUUAAUUGAACGUUAUUACUAUUCUGCACCAUGCAGUGCCAUGCUUGUGACUGAUGCAGAAGUUCAAGUCAACCUGACUGGCUCAGUUUAUAAAGGACACUCAAAAGAAUUCUACGUAAAAGACAUUUCUACAGACUAUAUUGUUGAGCAUCAUAUAGAAAAUGAAAAUAUAAUACUAGAAGAAUCGAGUGGACAUGAUGACAGUGAACAAACUGUGUCAGGCACAUCAUAUUCGCGAUACAUGAAGCGCUUGCUUCAUGAAAGUGGUGUAACUGAAGUUUGGGAAAAAUGUCCCCCAACGCAUUCUGUCUUUGAUUAUUAUCAAAGCCGUCGUGAGUUUGGGUCGGUACGUGAGCAGGCCUCUAUGGCCAUGGAAGAGCCCGUUACAGCAGCAGAUGUUGGCAUUCAAAUUGUAUUCGAUUCAUUUUCACAUAGUUCAACGUCUGAAUCCGAAAUAUCAAGAUCUGAAUCCCCGCUUAGUGGAUCAAGUUACACUUAUGAAGCAUAUUUGAUGCGCUCAAGACUAGGACAAGUAUGUGAAGUCCAGUGUCAAUUCUGUCCUACACAUAUACCAACAGCGUCCCAAACGGAUCAUUACGGAAUUUCUAUGCAGACUGAAAGACAUGACAAAUUAAAAGAGGAUAUUUUUGAAAUUUAUCAAAGAAGACUCAUAAAAGAUCAAAUUGCAGAAGCAUGGACUCAAGUUGAACAAGAUUUGUACACAGAAUCUCGAAUGGAAGAAGUUAGUGAACCUAUCGACGUAAUCGAAGAACGUAUCUUGGAGAUAACGGAGAAGAAAAGUAAAAAAGUUUAUAGUCAAAUAAAAAUUACGGAGGAAUUCACAGAAGAGGAGGAUUUGAUUGUUUGUGAAUUGGGUGUGCAAACAGAUCCGUUCUAUGAUCAGCAAUACUUUAUCAAAGCAAAACAAAGUCAUUCUUCAAUAGAUUUUCGUGAAGAAAGUCCUAGACGUUUAAGUACUACGGGUAUUCAGACAUCAGUAAUUCACCUGGCCAGUAUUAUCUCUUCAGGUGACAUAGCAUGGGCUGAUGAGGAUCUGUGUGAGGUAAUUAAGGCAGGCAUCAGAUUGCUUAGAUCUGAUGAGCAUAGAAGUGAAGAUAUAUCUGUGUCAAAAUAUGCGUCUCACCAACUAAACAUUUGCGCUAGAUUACCAACUGAUUCUAAUGAAAAGGUGCUUAUUAGUAGCGGCACACAAGUAAUUCCUAUGGAAUCAGAUCUCGAGAAAAAGUUCCAGAAGGAAUGGCAAUCAGAACCUAUCUCUUUCCAUGAAUCUGCAGAACCCUUCCAAUCUGAUGAUAUUGUAGGAAAAGUUGGAACGCUUACAGAAGAAACCCACCACAUGUCGAAAAUUUUAGUUCAACUACGUCAACGAACAUUACAGUAUGAAUUAUUUGAAUCACAAUAUUCAACAUCAUGUAUACAAUGGAAUAAUAUCCGUGAAGUGGCCAGUCCAAGAACAGGAUUAUUUGCACCAGUUGCAAUGGCAAUAAGAAGAGGAUGGAUUCGACUUGGUGAAACCAAUGAAUAUGUGGAUCCAAUGACCGGAGUUGCUAUUCCACUAGAAACGGCUUAUCAACAAGGACGUAUACGAUUAACUAGUUCAUCAAGUCAUUAUGAUAGAAAUGUUAUAACAAAUACACCUGUAUUACUAUUAAUUGAACGAGUAUACUUUAGUUGGUGCAAAGCCUAUUUAACAAGCGUUGUUAAUACGGCUACAGGAGAAGUACUAUCACCCAAUUUAGCAAUAGCAAAUGGUAUACUUGAAACAACGGAAGAUGAAAUACGCCUAUUAGAUAGUUUAACAAAUACAUGGAUUACUAUAGAAGAAGGUGCUGGUAGACAAAUAAUACAAUUAGAACCAUCAACUCCCACAACAGAAUCUAUGGAAGAUGAAUUAGAUGAACCAGUUAGCUGUAAAGUUUAUCAACUCACUCAUGUUUGUCCUGGUGGUGAACCAUCUCCUUGGUUAGGUCCAUUAGAAGCUGUACGUUUGGGAUUAUUAAAUUGGGAAACUGGUGAAGUUGCUGCUGAUUGGCCAGCAAGACCAAUGUUACGUAGUAUGAAUUCUACAGGGCAUUUAUCGUCGGAAGAUUUUAUCCCAACUAAAUGGUGUAGUUUUCUAACUGCAAAACAAGCUGGUUGGUUAAGAUUUAUUGAAGAAAUAGAACCACAACGGUAUAUAACAACAUCAGGUACACCAAAUAAAGAGCCAGGAUCACUUCUAUUAUCAACACAAGUAAAUCUUUUAGCUCCAUCUCAAGUAUCAUUAAAUUAUGAACAAGAUGAUAUUGAAGAAAAUUAUCCUCAUCGACCUAAUCAAUAUCAUCAUGAAUUCAAUAUACCAAGAACUAGAUCAGAUGAUGUUUUUACAACUAGAAAUAUAAGUACAUCUAACUUAUAUCAUCCAAUUAAUGUAUUACCUGAUACUAGAAGUGUAUCAUGUACUCGAAUUGAUAUAACAUCACCAUUAUAUAAUGAUUAUAAAUUAAUUCCAUCACAUGUACAAGUAAGACAUGAAAAUGAUGAACAUUCAUGGACAAGUGAAACACAAAUAUGGGAAGAAUAUCAAGAGACUUCAUCAAGAACUAUUUCACCUGAUAAUGCAAGAGGUCAUCAAUAA